GCCAUCGCCGCCAUCUCCUCCUCCUCCUCCUCCUCCUUGACAGCAUUCUGGAGGCCGGGCACAAACAGCUUGGGUACACACAUCGACUCCCAUCAUGUGGGCGGCAUGCGAACAAGUGCGCGGUACAAUGGACCAGCUGCGCGCCGAGCUGGUCUCUCACCUGACUCGCGUAGGCGCUCACCUUGGAGCUGACGAUGGAUCGAAUCCCAUUGGGAUCAUCGUAUUCACCGCAGCGGUGGGCCUCUUGUUCAUCUUCCUUCUGCGGCUGUAUGAAAUGCUGCGCAGGGGAGCGGGGUCUGGAGUGCACCCUCCCUCCUCUCUCUCCUCCUCCUCCUCCACCCAUUCACCUUCCUCUCUUCCUGCUGGCGAUGGACAGCAGCUGCGCAGGCUGGCGUCGAUGCCUGGACCUCCCAAGCCAUGGCACAGCAUCACCGGACACACCAUGGAGAUGCUUUUCGGCGAGAAACCACAGCCGUUCGUUCUCAUGGAUUGGGCUCGCAGAUAUGGGGAUAUGUACAAGAUCUAUCAAGGAAGAUUUCCUGUUGUUGUCAUCAGCUCGCUGGCGUUGCUCAAGGAAGUCUUCAUCAGCCGAUUUCCGGAUUUCCAUGACCGAAUGAGGGGUGUGGCGCGCACGGAGGAGACUACGAAAGGCCUUUUCUUCGCGAGGGGUCGCUGUUGGACAGAUCAUCGGGUGCUAGUGAUGCGCUAUUUCUCGUCGCAAAGGCUCAAAUCAUUUUUGCCUAUAAUGAAGCAUGCGACAUCGGUGCUCUUGAGGAAACUGUCAGCUGUGCCGGAGGGGGAAGUGGUGAACUUAGAGAAAUGGCUACACAGUCAUGCGCUCGAUGUAGUCGGCGAGGCGGCAUUCGGAGUCUUGUUUGGCACACAGCAGGCAGACAUCAGCAAACAUACGCCUCUGUUGAUGGCCAUCAUUAAGGACAUGGAGUACUUGCUCGAACAGGAUGCAUGCGCUUUCCUGACGCUUCUAACAGACAACACGCGUCUCGUUUUUGCUGCCGACAAGUUCCUGUCUUGGAUACCGGGAACGAUUGCGUACAAGCGAGCUUGCAACCUACAAGUGAUCGUUGGAGAAUGCAAGAAGAUUGUUGAAUCGAGGCGAAAGAGAGGCGGUUUUGAGGAAAAAGCAGUUGAUGAGAUCGACAACAAUCUGUUAAGUUUCAUGAUGCGGAUGAGAUCGAAUUCGCAAUCCAGUGGGAAGAAGCUGAGUUCGCUUCUCGACGAUGACAUGAUUGCGAUCGCGCGAGAAAUGCUGGUCGCCGGGACGGAUACGACUGCGGAAACGUUGUCGUUCGUCAUCAUAGUUUUGGAGAAACAUCCGCACGUGAAGGCGAAACUGCUGGCAGAGAUUGAUGGCUGGUUUAAAAGACAGGCACAGGCUCGCAUUGAAGAAGAUGCAGCUGCUGCUGCUGCUGCGACUCUACCCGCAUCUGCGAAUGACGAUUGCGGUAAUAGUAACAAUAAUAAUAACGAGCAAUCCAGGUGCAGCACGCCGACAACAGCAUCGGUUGGCAAUGACGACUCAUCUCCGGGCAUGCAAUUGACGUAUGGAGAUAUCCUUUCAAACUUUCCCUACCUAGAUCAGGUGAUCCAUGAGACGAUGAGGUUAUAUACGAUUGGUGGUUUCUUUUCACGGGAGACUAUGCAUGAUGCGAAACUGGGAGGGUACGCAAUUCCACAGGGAACGACAGUAUUUUGCAACAUCUACGGCGUCCAUCGUAAUCCAGAUGUCUAUCCUGACCCAGAGACGUUCCGGCCAGAGCGCUUUGACACUUCAUUGUCAUCGACAAAGUCAUCGUCAACGGCGGAGAUAUCACGACCUUUGCGAUCGAAUGAAGAUCGCUGUCCUUUUUCUCAGUCCGAUCCCAAAGGCUCCUUCUUUGGCUUUGGCAUGGGACCACGCAGGUGCCCAGGACAGGGAGUUGCCUUGUUGGAAAUGAAGGUCCUCCUUAUACACCUUCUGCACCACUUUGAAUUUGGCGUUGUUGGUAAUGAGCCAAGUAUUCCCCAGGUGGACAUAGAAGCAGCUUUCGUGGUGAAACCCAAGAAUGGUCUGCUUGCCACGGUGCGGCGGCGACAUGUCUAAGAAGACACUUCCAGGCAUAUCUGAGAAGAAAACUCUUUCAGAAUCUUGAAGAGAUUGGCAACCUUUUCUUCUCAAUGUAAGAAACAGAAUUGACCAAAUUCUAGAUCACUCGCCCCCCACCCCACCCCCCGUUUCCCCCCCCGCCACCCAAAAGUUAAAAGAGUUAUGGGUUGUCUCAGAUGAUGACUCACGCAGAAGAAAAGGGGAUAAGAAGUGUAGUGUGUUUUUCUCAUUAUCCCCCUUUUGAGGUCUUUCUCAUGGGGAAAAAAGAAAAAAUAAAUAAAGAUGGGCUUUAGGGGGAUGCUUCUCUUUCUGUGCUUUGGAUUGCCUAUCCCUUGUAUGUGGACAUGGCAGACAAACCAAUUCUACAUCACCCCCAGAUGAUUGGCAGAGGGUACACUGUAUUUCUGGGUGCGCCUUCCUUUGUCUUUUGAUGCCUUUCCCUUGUUGCACUUGGCACCUGUUUUUCUAUCCAUGCUCCCAGUGAGUGGAAUGAACCCCCAUGUGUCCU